AUGCGGGUAGUCAUUGUUGGCGGGGGCCUGGCGGGCCUGACGCUUGCAAGCGCAUUGGAAAAAGCGAAUGUUGAUUUUGUGUUGCUAGAGGCCCGAGGUCGAUUUGACCCCCAGGUCGGAGCAUCGAUUGGACUGAAUGCUGCCGCAAUGCGCAUCCUGGAUCAGCUAGGGGCAGCCAAAUCGAUCAUGGAUGAAACAGCACCAAUCAAAGUGUCCAAAGUUCAUCGCAGCGACGGUAAACUUGUCAUGCCACCGGCGCUCACUUUCCCGAUCUUGAAAACCAGGUUUGGCUAUGGAGCAUGCUUUUUGGACCGUCAGCGCGCUCUCAGGGCCUUGAUGGACUCAAUUAGAUCGAAAGACAACAUGCUGCCCAACAAGACAGUGUCGCGGAUCGACCAAACGGAUUCUGGCGUCAGCGUGCAUUGUCAAGACGGCUCUUCCUACCAUGGGGACGUGGUCGUUGGCUGUGACGGUGUCAAUAGCAAAGCAUCGACCCGGAGCGAGAUGUGUCGCCUUGCUAGUGAGGAGGAUCCAGGCCACUUCCUAACGCUGAAGCAGACGAAUGGUCUCAUCGAGGGAACGGUCGACACCGUUUUUGACAACGGCAGGUCCAUGCUUGUGAUCACUGGGAAACAUGGACGGGUGUUCUGGUUCUACCAUGAGAAGUUGGACAAGGUCUAUUAUACCGAUGCCGAAGACUACCCACGAUACUCCCAAGCAGAUGCGGAAAAGCUCGCGCAAAAAAACGCCUGGCGACCUGUCACUGAGACUGUGACCCUGGGAGACAUAUGGGAACAGCGUGUGACCUACACGCUGGUGCCGUUGGAAGAGGCCCUUUUUGACAUGUGGAGCUGGGGACGUAUAGCGACUGUUGGGGAUAACUCCCAUAAGAUGACCCCUAAUACCGGCCAAGCCGGGAACAAUGCGAUUGAGUCUGCUGCUGCGCUGGCAAACCAACUCCAAAGACUCCAUGAUGAGCCGCCGGUCACCUUGCAGAAAAUCAAGUCAGCGCUGCGCAAGUGGCAGGAGAAGCGCCAGGCUCGAGUCAGCGCGACGGUGAAAGAAGCGGCGAUGGUUUGCCGAUUGCAGGCGCUGGAUAGUCGCAUGGCCUCCUUCGUCAUGAACUAUGUGGUGCCAAAUGCCAGCGAGUCGUUCCUGAGCCUGGUCACCGGUACGCUCAUCGGCGCUGAGAUCAUCGAGUAUCUACCAGUACCAGCCCAGUCUUUCGAAGGCUCUUGUCCCUUCAACCCAACCCAAGGUGUCGGCAAACACGAACCGUUGCUGAAACGUAUGGCCCUUGCGUUGCCAUUGCUCUUUCUUUCUUUUUGGGUGGCGACGAUGACGCCCGUUGACAGUGUGGAUGCUUCUAUACGCCGAUUCCCGCAGCCAAGUCAACUUGCGGAGCCCGGUGAACGGGCGCAAGUGCUUCAAAGCCUACGCCCUCUUGCUGAGGAUUGUGUCAUCUAUGCCAUAUGGCUCAUUGAGUCGAACCGUCGUGCCAAUGCGAUGACGUUCGCCCGGUUUCCAACCAUCUUCUGGCUCCUCGGUUUCAGAUUUGGACCGGGGGUUGUUGCUCCUUGUUACUGUUUCCUGCAUUUUUUGUUCUCGGGCAUCGAGAGAUUCGCGUCAACUGAUGGAAGACUCACCAAUGUGGCUUACACCAAGUUGAUAUUGCCCUCAGUAGUGCUCUUCAUGGGCGCACCGGUUCUCCUCACCCUGAGAGGCUACAUCACAAAGGUCGAUACGGCGUUGUGGCACUGGCGUUGGAUGUUGAUUGCGAUCACGCAUUGGAUGAUAGUCAAGACUGGGAUGAGCAAGGUCAGCAUGGACGAGGACACGAUGGGUAACCCGCUGCGGGAUCUCCCUUACAUCCGAUGGUGUUUAUGCGUUCUCAGUGCCGUAUCUGCAGCGAUGUUCAUAGCUACGCGGCAAAGUCAGCUCUCGAAUCCUUUAUCGUCCGCUCUAUUGCCCGGCGUAGGUGGGAAUUUGUCCGACUUGAACCGGCAUGGGGCACUCCUCGCGAGUCUCUUCUGGGUCGGUCUCUUGAUCCAUGACAUCAAGAGCGCCGGAAUGACCAAACAAAGUUGGGCGAAGAUACUCACAAUAGGCUUUGUUUCUGGCGCACUUGCAGGCCCUGCGGCUACUGUGGCGCUGGGGUGGAUUUGGCGAGAGGAGAUAUUGGCAUCUAGGAGGGAAAGACACGCGAUCACCAGGGACAAGUACUCAGGAAAAUCGAUCCUUGACGUCCAGAAGGAGAUGAUCUCGCCCAGGGGUGAGGCGGCGAGUUCUGACCGGCACAACAAAGCCGCAUGUUGUAAGGUACUUGUGCUUGAGGCAUCAUUGACCGCUGUCGGAUUCGAGCUGGGAUUCAACCAUCGAUUAAAUAACGAUAAAAUACAAGAUGUUGCCAUCCCCAUUUGA